CCUCCGCUCGUCAGUAAGGGUGGGUUCCCUGAUGAGCGGUGUUCAGACACCCACCAUUUCUAAGGCUGCGUCCUGUAUUUUGGGGGUUCGGGUUUUGUUUACGGGUGGGGAGAUACCAGUGCGGGCUUUGGUGGAUUCUGGUGCAGAGCAGAACCUCAUUGAUGCCGAGCUGGCCAAGCAGGCAGGCCUUACGAUUGAGUCACUCCCCCAACCCCUUCGAGUUGUUUCUCUAAACGGGAAAACCGUUGCCAUUACAAGCCAGGUUACCGAGCCUGUUCACUUAAUUACCUCUGGUAACCACCAUGAGUACACCAGAUUCUUGCUUUUUACUUGCCCCCACAACCCAUUGGUUUUGGGGUUCCCUUGGUUAAGAACUCACAACCCUGUUAUUGACUGGUCCUCCAGCCGGGUUACCGGUUGGAGCGAUUACUGCCAUGCCACCUGCUUGCGCUCAGCUCGGUCUUCUGGGGUGGACCCCGUCGCCACAGAAGGGCAGCCGUCCUCACCUGACCUCUCCGAGGUUCCUCCCGAGUACCAUGACCUGGCGGAGGUGUUUUCUAAAUCCAGAGCACUUUCCUUGCCACCUCACAGGCCCUAUGACUGUGCCAUUGAGCUCCAACCGGGUGCUGCCCUCCCCAAGAGCCGGUUGUACAGCCUGUCUCGGCCAGAGAGGGAGGCCAUGGAGCAAUACAUAACAGAGUCCCUUAGCUCAGGCAUAAUACGACCCUCUUCUUCGCCAGUCGGCGCAGGUUUCUUUUUUGUGGGGAAGAAGGACGGUUCCCUUAGACCAUGUAUUGACUACCGUGGACUUAAUGAGAUCACAGUAAGGAACAAGUACCCACUUCCUCUCAUGGAUUCGGCCUUUGAGGCUCUUCAGGAGGCUCGGAUUUUUACCAAGCUGGAUCUGCGUAGCGCAUAUCACUUGGUUCGCAUCCGGGCUGGGGAUGAGUGGAAGACGGCUUUCAGCACGCCACUCGGACAUUUCGAGUACCUGGUGAUGCCUUUUGGUCUCACUAAUGCCCCCGCAGUAUUCCAGGGGAUGGUUAAUGAUGUUUUACGAGAUUUUCUGCACCGUUUUGUGUUUGUCUAUUUGGAUGACAUUCUAAUCUUUUCCAGGGAACCAGACGAACAUAGGCGGCAUGUUCGUUUGGUCCUCCAGCGGUUACUGGAGAACAAACUUUAUGUUAAGGCGGAGAAAUGCCAGUUUCACUCCUCCUCUGUUUCAUUUUUGGGUUUUGUUAUUGCUGGUGGGGAGGUUGGGCCUGAUCCAACUAAAGUGAGCGCAGUGGCAAAUUGGCCCACCCCUACCAACAGAAAACAGCUCCAGCGUUUCUUGGGGUUUGCUAAUUUCCUCCGGCGUUUUAUUCGCAAUUUCAGCGCUGUUGCUGCACCCCUUACAGCUCUGACCUCUACAAAGUCUCCUUUCCAUUGGACUGACGCAGCUGAUUCGGCCUUUGAACGUAUGAAACAGCUCUUCACCUCUGCUCCGAUCUUGGCCCAACCUGACCCUUCUAGCCAGUUCAUUGUAGAGGUCGAUGCAUCAGACACUGGGGUUGGGGCUGUGUUAUCCCAGCGGGGGACAGAGGACAACCGAUUGCGACCCUGCGCCUUCUUUUCUCGCCGGCUUACUCCGGCAGAGCGUAAUUAUGAUGUGGGGGAUAAAGAACUGUUAGCCAUCAAGGCCGCCCUGGAGGAAUGGAGACACUGGUUGGAGGGAUCCACCCUUCCCUUCGUGGUUUGGACUGACCAUAAGAAUCUGUCCUACCUCCGGACCGCUAAGCGGCUUAAUUCAAGACAGGCGCGGUGGUCUUUGUUUUUUUGCCGUUUUAACUUUGUUGUCUCAUACCGCCCUGGCUCCAAGAAUGUCAAGCCGGAUGCGCUGUCCCGACAACAGGAGAACACGGAGACAGACCAACAACCCAAGACCAUCAUCUCUCCCUCCUGUGUCCUGGGGGCGCUUUCCUGGCAGCUGGAGAGGGACGUCAGGUCUGCACAGGCUCAGGAACCGGACCCUGGGGGGGGUCCUCCUAACUGCAUGUUUGUUCCCAGUGCCAUGAGGAGACAGGUCCUCCAGUGGUCCCAUGCGUCGCGUCUCACCUGCCACCCGGGGGUUCGGAGGACUCUUUAUUUCCUGCGUCGCCGAUUCUGGUGGCCCAGCAUGUCCCGAGACACGCAAGACUUCAUUUCUGGUUGCCCCGUCUGUGCUCGAAAUAAGGUCAGUCACACUCCACCUGCUGGACAGCUUCACCCCUUAUCAAUACCAACCCGCCCAUGGUCACACAUUGCUCUGGACUUUGUAACCGGAUUGCCCCCCUCUUCAGGGAAGACUGUGAUCAUGACUAUUGUGGAUCGCUUUUCAAAGGCGGCUCAUUUUGUAGCUCUGCCCAAACUGCCCUCUGCUGCAGGGACCGCUGCACUGAUGCUCACUCAUGUGUUCAGGUUGCAUGGGAUCCCUGUAGACAUCGUCUCGGAUCGAGGACCCCAAUUCGUCUCACAGGUCUGGAAGGCCUUCUGCGCAGCUUUUGGGGCUACAGCCAGCCUUUCCUCUGGCUUUCACCCCCAGUCCAACGGUCAAGCGGAACGAACUAAUCAAGACCUGGAGGCCGCCCUCCGUUGUGUUUGUUCCCACCGCCAGUCCUCCUGGAGUGCCCUGCUGCCCUGGGUGGAGUACGCCCACAACACCCUUACCUCUUCAGCUUCCGGUUUAUCCCCUUUUGAGUGCUCUCUGGGCUAUCAACCUCCUCUGUUCCCCGAACAAGAGAAGGAGGUGGCGGUUCCCUCUGUGCAACACCACUACCGGCGCUGCAGGCGCAUCUGGAGGGAGGCCCGGGCUGCACUGCUCCGUUCAUCUGCAGCAAAUAAGAGGUUGGCUGAUCGUCACCGUACUCCGGCACCGACUUACACGCCAGGUCAGUCUGUUAUGCUGUCCACGUCCAACAUAAAACUUCGCACAGACUCCAGAAAACUGUCCCCUAGAUACAUCGGUCCAUUCAAGGUGGUCAAGGUCGUCAACCCGGUCGCCAUCAGGCUCCGUCUCCCCAGGUCUCUGCGUAUCCAUCCAGUUUUCCACGUGUCCCAGCUCAAGCCCCAUGUCGUCAGUCCUCUUCAGCCUGCCUCUGUUCCACCUCCACCGCCCCGCAUCAUUGAUGGGCAACCAGCCUACACGGUUCAUCAACUGCUGGAUGCCAGGCGACGAGGGAGGGGCCUGCAAUACCUCGUUGAUUGGGAGGGUUACGGUCCUGAAGAGAGAUCAUGGGUGCCCGCCUCCCGGAUCCUAGACCCGGCCCUCAUUCGAGAGUUCCACCGUAGCCACCCUGACAAACCCAGAGGUGCGCCCAGAGGCGCCCCUUGAGGGGGGGGUACUGUGGGGAUUGGGAUCAGGGGGUGAUUAGGUUAACUUGUUCCACCUGGUUUCCAUCCUCCUAAUGAAUGCACCUGUACUUCCCUCCUAUUUAGGUCUGCAUUUCUCCUGCCUACUCUGCCAGAUCGUCUUGUGUGUUUCUCUGAGAAUCACGAGCCCUCUAGCCUUUCAGCUUCAACGCUGUAAAAAUUAAAUCACUUCCUUUUGAGCCAUUCUGUGUCCUGCGUUUGUGUCCGCGUCCAGAUCCUGACACUUUUAACCU